AUGGUCCGUCCUCGUCGCGCCCCACACCGCUCCGGGGUUGGCGGCCCCCUUGGGGGUCGCGGCCGACCCCCGCGGCCCGUCGUACCUCACGCCGCCCGCUCGCGCUCCUGGCCGGCCAGCCCCCGGGGACUGCAGCCGCCGCGGAUCCGGGCCCGUUCCGCGCCUCCCAUGAAAGGCGCACGGGUCUUUGGCGCCCUGGGCCCCAUCGGACCAUCCUCGCCGGGGCUCUCACUUGGUGGCCUGGCUGUGGGUGAACACCGGCUCAGUAACAAGCUCCUGGCCUGGAGCGGCGUCCUGGAGUGGCAGGAGAAGCGUAGACCCUACUCAGACUCCAGUGCCAAGCUGAAGCGGGCACUGCCCUGCCAGGCCUACGUGAACCAGGGCGAGAAUCUGGAGACUGACCAGUGGCCCCAGAAGCUGAUCAUGCAGCUGAUCCCGCAGCAGCUGCUGACCACCCUGGGCCCCCUGUUCCGCAACUCCCAGCUGGCGCAAUUCCACUUCACCAACCGGGACUGUGACUCCGUCAAGGGUCUCUGUCGUGUCAUGGGCAACGGCUUCGCGGGCUGCAUGCUGUUCCCCCACAUCGCCCCCUGCGAGGUGCGGGUGCUCAUGCUCCUGUACUCGUCCAAGAAGAAGAUCUUCAUGGGCCUCAUCCCCUACGACCAGAGUGGCUUCGUCAACGGCAUCCGCCAGGUCAUCACCACCCGCAAACAGGCAGCUGUCCCCGGUGGCGUCAACACAGGCCCCCUCCAGAUGGUCAGCAAGUUCCUGGCGUGGAGUGGGAUCAUGGAGUGGCAGGAGCCCAGGCCUGAGCCCAACAGUCGCUCCAAGAAGUGGCUGUCGUCCUACAUCUUCGUGAACCAGGGCGAGAGCCUGAGGACGGAGCAGUGGCCAGGAAAGCUGUUCAUGCAGCUUAUCCCCCAGCAGCUGCUGACCACCCUGGUGCCCCUGUUCCGCACCUCCCGCCUGGUGCAGUUCCGCUUCUCCAAGGACCUGGAGACGCUCAGGAGUCUGUGGCGGAUCAUGGACAAUGGCUUCGCGGGCUGCGUGCACUUCCCCCCCACGCCCCCCUGCGAGGUGCGCGCGCUGAUGCUCCUGUACUCCUCGGAGAAGAAGAUCUUCAUGGGCCUCAUCCCCCACGACCAGAGCAACUUCGUCAACGGCAUCAGCCGAGUCAUCGCCAACUACCAGCAGGUCCUGCAGCGGAACAUGGAGCAGGAGCUGCAGCAGCGAGGGGUGAGGGUGGCUCCCCCUCCGCGGGCCCCCCCCCAAGCCGCCAUGCCUUCCGCUGCACUGACCCCCUUCCUCCCCACAGAUGGGGGGAUAGUGGCCCGCUGGAAGGGGCCCCCGGGAGCCAUGGACGAGGCCCUCGCAGACUGGUGA